CGCUACCUGCCAGCCAGCCAGCCAGCCGAGAGUACCUUUCUUCUCUCGCCACAUACGGCUAUGGCCCUGCGCUAGACGCACCUCCGUCAAGGUGUUCCCAUCGCGUUCCACGGAUUUUGUGUGUCCAGGACUGUCCCAACGCCCCCCACUGGAUAUUGUUCGAGCCAAGACACAUUUCGUAGUGUUUGUGCAGUGAUUUGCGCGGAUAUCAAUACCUUCCUGGUCCAGCCAGCCUCCGACCGCCACCUAUUUUGCUCCGAGGCGGAGAGGGUUGAGCAUGGGAGGCGCGGCGGCUUUGCACAGGAAAAGCACGCGCAUACAGGUAGCGCAUGGCUGCUGACGAGCGCAGCGACUGCUGCCCGUCCCCGAGCGCUGCCUCCGAGCGUCGGAGGCGGCGGGGGACCAUGAUCGUCCGAUGGAGGACGUUGGGGGUGAUCACCCCCGGUCUGCUGAUUCUAGUCAUUGCGGUGUGCUACUGCGUGUCGCCAGUCCUAGCCAAGAAGAGCAACAACCACGGCCACCAGAACAACAACAAUCACCUCGCGGGGAGCGCUGCGGCGGCGGUGGAGGCGGCCUCCGCCGUCGCCCCCAGCCAGCACCAGCCACCCUCGCAGCCGGUCUCGAUCAGCAACGAGAGCGGCGGCUCAGAGUUUCUCAAGGGGAAAAUAUGCAUCGGAACAAAUGGAAGAAUGUCGGUGCCCGCGAAUCGCGAGCACCACUAUCGCAAUUUGCGCGAGCGAUACACCAACUGCACCUACGUGGACGGCAACCUGGAACUGACCUGGCUGCAAGAUGACGACCUUGACCUCAGCUUCCUCAGCCUGAUCCGCGAGGUGACCGGCUACGUGCUCAUCUCGCACGUCGACAUUAAACGCAUCGUGCUGCCCAGUCUGCAAAUCAUCCGCGGCAGGACGCUGUUCAAGCUCAAUGUGCACGAGGAUGCGUUCGCCCUGAUCACCACCCUGUCGAAAAUGCACAACCUGGAGUUGCCUGCCCUGAGAGAUAUCCUGGCUGGCAGCGUGGGCGUUCUGAACAAUUACAACCUGUGCCACAUAAAAACGAUCAACUGGGACGAGAUCAUUACUGGUCAGAACGCGAAAUAUGUUUACAAGUACGACUUUCCGAGCCCCGAACGUAAAUGCUCGCCUUGCCACGAGAGCUGCGAGGCCGGUUGCUGGGGCGAGGGACCUGAAAACUGCCAGCGCUUUUCCAAAAUCAACUGCAGCCCCCAGUGCCACCAAGGCAGGUGCUUUGGGAACAAACCUAGGGAAUGCUGCCACCUUUUCUGCGCGGGAGGCUGCAUUGGACCUAAGCAGAGUGAUUGUUUGGCUUGCCGAAAUUUCUAUGAUGGAGGCGUUUGCAAGCAAGAGUGUCCAGCGAUGCAGAGGUACGACUCGAUUACCUAUUCGUGGGUAACUAACCCUGCCGGCAAGUACGCAUACGGCGCCACCUGCGUCAAAAACUGCCCUGAGCACCUGCUCAAGGACAACGGCGCCUGCGUCAGGUCGUGCCCUUCAAACAAGAAGGCCGUCAACGGAGAGUGCGUGCCCUGUGACGGACCAUGUCCCAAGACCUGUCAGGGUGAUAUUUCUGUCCACUCGGGAAACAUCGACUCGUUCAAAGACUGCACCGUCAUCGAAGGCUCGAUCACUAUUUUGGACCACACGUUCGUUGGCUAUCAGCACAUUUACGAGAACUACACAUUCGGCAAUCGGUAUGCUGAUAUGCACCCUGACCGGCUCGAGGUGUUUAGCACCUUGAAGGAAAUCACCGGCUUUCUGAACAUUCAGGCGUUCAAUGAGUCGUUCACCAAUCUGUCGUACUUCAGGAAUUUGGAGUAUAUCGGGGGCCGUACGUUGACUGACAUGUUCUCGUCACUCUACAUUGUUAAAACGUCGCUCAAGUCCUUGGGUCUGAGAUCACUAAAGAAAGUUGGCGCCGGGGCUGUUUCCAUUAUAGAGAACAGGGAACUAUGUUACGCGGAUGGAAUUAAUUGGCAAACCAUCAAAAAGUCGGCUGAUCACGACUAUUUGCUGACAAACAACAAAGAUGUUGAUGCUUGUAUUAAGGAAGGGCUGGUUUGCGACGAAGAGUGCUCCAAAAAUGGAUGCUGGGGACCUGGGAACGACCAGUGCCUCUCCUGCGCCAACUACCAGCUUGGAAACGAGUGCGUCCACGACUGUGAAACAAAAGGAAUCUACAAAGCCGAGGGUAAGAUCUGCAAGCACUGCCAUACUGAGUGCUUGGACACGUGUUUCGGCCCCGGACCGGAUAAAUGCGCGAGCUGCAAGCACGUACGCGACGGCCCCUUCUGCACCAAGACGUGUCCAGACAGCAAGUACACGUCGGCCAGCAAUGUGUGCGAAGAGUGCCACGCCAACUGCGUGUCCGGCUGCAAGGGACCCGAAAACACGAUCGGCAAGACCGGGUGCAACUCGUGCGAGAAGGCCAUCAUCAACGGGGACAUCAACGUUGAGAGUUGUCUGCACAAGAACGAAUCUUGCCCUGAUGGAUAUUUCUAUGAAUGGGUUGGCCCUCAGGAGCAGGGGCCCCUCAAGCCUUUGGCGGGAAAAGCGAUCUGCAGGAAGUGCCACCCCAGGUGUAAGAAGUGCACUGGCUUCGGAUUCCAUGUCCAGGUGUGUCAAGAGUGUUCAAAAUACAAACGAGGAGAGCAGUGCGAGGACGAGUGCCCGACGGACCAUUUUGUAGACAGCGUGACGCAGGAAUGCGUGCCGUGCUCUGUCGAGUGCAGAGGCUGCAGUGGGCCAAAGAACAGCGACUGCUUCGGCUGCAGAAACUACAAAAUCUUCCCAAACGGUGGCGACGGAGACAACACAACGGCUUUCAACUGCACUAGUGACUGCCCAGAGAGCACUCCUCACAAGAUUUUCCCCGGGCUCGGAGGAGAACCGUACUGUUCCUUUGAACCUCUGCAAACUACAAUGCACCUGGGUUCCAAUGAUAACGUGGCUACUUUUGUGUUGACCAUCGGCGGCUGCUUAUUCUUAAUAGUUCUGAUUGCCGGCGUUCUCAUCUACCACUGGCAGACUAAGGUUCUCAACAAAGAAAACGCCGUCAAGAUGACCAGAGUGCUUACUGGAAUGGGAGAAUACAACGAACCGCUCAGGCCGACAAACGUGAAGCCAAAUUUGGCCAAACUGCGGAUCAUUAAGGAGGCGGAAAUGAGGAAAGGAGGCGAGAUGGGCUAUGGAGCCUUUGGCACCGUCUACAAAGGUGUCUGGAUUCCGCAUGGCGAGAACGUGAAAGUGCCGGUCGCGAUCAAGGUGUUACGCGAGGGCGCGGGCAACAGCAAUAAGGAGUUCCUGGACGAAGCGUACAUCAUGGCCAGCGUGGAGCAUCCAAAUUUGCUGAAGCUUCUGGGCGUGUGCAUGACCUCGCAGAUGAUGCUGGUGACACAGUUAAUGCCGCUGGGCUGCCUGCUUGACUAUGUACGCAACAACAAGGACAAGAUCGGCUCGAAGCCGUUGCUCAACUGGUGCACGCAGAUUGCUAAGGGCAUGGCCUACCUGGAGGAGAAGCGCCUUGUGCACCGCGACCUGGCCGCCAGAAACGUGUUGGUGCAGUCGCCGAAUCAGGUCAAAAUCACCGAUUUUGGGCUGGCCAAGCUGCUGGACAUCAACGAAGACGAGUACAAGGCGGAAGGUGGCAAAAUGCCCAUCAAGUGGCUGGCCCUCGAGUGCAUCCAGCACCGCAUCUUCACGCACAAGAGUGACGUUUGGGCCUUCGGAGUCACCGUCUGGGAGCUGUUCACCUACGGACACCGGCCCUACAUUCAUGUCGCCGCCAGGGACAUGCCUGAUAUCCUCGAGAAGGGAGAGAGACUGACCCAACCUAGCAUCUGCACCAUCGAAGUCUACAUGAUCAUGAUCAAAUGCUGGAUGCUCAACGCGGACAGCAGGCCCACCUUCAAAGAGCUGGCUGAUGAGUUUGCAAAGAUGAGCCGCGACCCUGGAAGGUAUUUGGUGAUCCAGGGCGACAAACUGAUGCGACUGCCCUCGUUCUCAACGCAAGACCGGCACGAAAUAAUCCAGAACAUUUCGUCUGGUCUGGGCGGCACCGAGGCUGUAAUUGACGCCGAAGAGUACCUGCAGCCAAGCCACUCGAGAGGCACCGCUCCUAACUCGACCUCGUCCACAAUGUCGGUGGUGAGUGGCUCGUCACCGCCGCACACACCGACCAAGAAGUGGCACGCGGCCAGCGGCAUCGUCGGCGCUGCCGCCGGCAUAGCUGAAUCGCCCUUGCCGCCCAACUGGGAGGCCCUCCGCUAUGGGGGCAGCCAGACAAGCUGUCCUAGCCGCCACCACAUGCCGCCCAGCCUCAGCGGACACGACUCCUCCAGCCAGGGCAAAUACUUCGGCGAUUCUCUUAAGUUCGCAGACAAAGAUGAUUGCUUUGACUCGGCGAUGUCGCUGAACCGCCAAGCGCAAAUCGGCACAAACCUGACGCUUGAUCUACCUUUGGACGAGGACGACUACCUCAUGCCUCAGCCUCCUCAAUCGAGCUCUGCAAUUGCAGCUGGCAAUCAUGGCUACAUGGACAUUUUGGAUGAAACCAAAUUGCCAGACACCGUCAUGUACACCAACUGUCCAGACUUCAACCCCAUGGUGGGAAAGAUAAUCACGAGCGUGGACAACCCUGAGUACAUAAUCGGCCAGGCGGUGGGGACCUUGUCCGCGGGGGCGAUGGGCCCUCCGCGCGCCGUGGGCGUUGUGCCGGACGCCAAUUGCGUGGGCCUGCCGCUAGUGGGGCCCAACAGUGGGCUACCCAGGUACAUCACGACGCAGCGCUCGUCGGAGGAGGAGUCGGACCACGAAUAUUACAACGACUUCGACCGGCUGCAGAAGGAGCUGCAGCCACUCAAGCCGCUCAGACGCAACGAAACAACCGUCUGAGCCGGACUUAUUUCACUCUAUGUGCCUGUGACUUAUCAUUUUAAGAGGACCACAACAUUUAUUAAUCAGAAAAUCGCACACGGACACAGUGAUCAUGUGAGACAGUGUGGAUUUUCUCGAGUGAGACUUGUGAUUUUUUUUACACACGAAUCUUAGCCAGUUUUGAAUAGACCUUUUUGGCGCGUCGAACCGGAAUAAUUGCAAGUCUUAUUGUGCGGCGUGAGUGGUGUUUUGGCCCUUGCUUUCGCGGCAGGGCCGUUUCGUUAAUUUUAUUAAGUGUCAGAGAGAAAACUAAUGUAAAAUUUCUUGAUCAUGGUUUGUAACAAAAUUUUCAAGUGCCAUGAACAGGUAGUCUGUGAUACUGAUAGCAAAUCAUCGUUUUAUAAUCUGUAUAACUGUCUGUCUCUCGGAGAAUACGUGUUCAGCAAUCAGACAACCUUUUAAUUGCUAUUCGAAAAACACACAGGGACACGCAGUCUGAAAUUGGAUUACACUCCAAUACAAUAUCCAACGUACAAAAUAAAAUACUACUCUCCUCCACGCAAUACUUAUGUUCGACGACGUUCAGUUCACAACUAUACUAGACUACUUACUUUGAUGACCGAUUUGCUGCAAUAUUCUAUAGCAAAACAAAAUAACGUGAACUGAAUCUAGCAUGAUUAUCAAGGAACACUUGCAACGAAAUUUUAUAAACAUAUAAAUUUACUCUCCCAUUUUAAAUCGUGCCAUUCCGUGUUAAAAUAUCAAAUCGAUUUUAUGCUGCGAGGUUGUGUGUAUAAUUAUGCAUAAACUACGAAUUACUGGAUAUUUUGUGACAUGAGAAGAUUCAUAUUCAAACGUAAUUUUUUAGACGGUUUUGUGACACACUUGAUCUUCCAGCCCCUUGUCUGGGGUAGUUUUAAUACUUUUACUCUUCCAGUGUGUACAUUCGAAAUGUAUUUUAUGAACACUUUUUAUGGCGUGAUCUUCAGCCAUAACUUUGUUGUAUAUAGAGGAAUUUAUUCUACUUUUCUGUAGAGAAAAUAAAAUGCAUUAAUAAAAA